AUGUGGUGCAGAGCUGCUAAAGGUUCUAUUCAUCUCUUGCUGAAAGCUUUUGACCAUUUCUCUGAGGAGUCAGGUAAGGAUGCUAGUUCCAAGAAAGCACUUGUGGCAUGGGAUACCAUGUGUCUUCCAAAAGCUGCAGGAGGAUUGAACAUCAUAGAUUUUGUUACUUGGAAUAGAGCAGCCAUCUGCAAGCUACUAUGGGCUAUGUCACAUAAGAAAGAUACUUUGUGGGUUCAAUGGCUUCACAGUUUUUAUAUUAAGAGGCAGGAUCUUGCUAGUAUGGAGACACCUAGGCAAGCUUGCUGGCUUUUUGCACAUGGUGGUAGAUACAGUAUCAAAAAGACCUCUAUUACAUUCGAGCAGCACUAUGCAAGACCAGAGUGGAAGAACUUGUUAUUGUCAUUAGGCACACUCCCCAGACAUAACUUUAUCCUGUGGCUAGUAGUUCAAAACAAAUUGACAACUAUAGAUAGGCUGGCAAAAUGGAACAUCCAAGUUCUAACUGAUUGUGUAUUAUUAAAGUCCUCUACCAUGGAAACAAUGCAGCACCUGUUCUUUGACUGUCACUACUCAAAAUUUAUUUGGAAAACACUACUAUCUUGGGUUGGGAUCACAAGGCAGAUUGGUAGCUGGGCAGAGAAAGUAAAAUGGCUAUCACAUCAGGUUCAUAAUAACAGGCCAAGGUCAAGCAUAUUGGGAUUUCUGAUAGCUGCAUCUGUGUAUCACAUUUAG